AGAACACACAGUAAAUGGUGAUAAAUGUGAUUGCCGGUUGGUCUCUGCUUCAGGCCCAUCAUUUUUGUUAGCUUCUCAGAUCAAGAUACGUGGCUCUGAAUCCCAAUUUUUGAUUUAUUUAUUCUGAUUUCAUCUCACCAAAUGGGGAAACCAGGAAAAGUAUUAGAAAAAGAUUAGACAGAUACAUGUGCAACUUAAAUAAUUGUUAUCAGAUCUCUCGAUUCCGUAAUACCCAUAUAAAAAGCUUCGAGCUUUUUUCAAAAUAGAAGUAGAAGAGGGGAAGCAUUCAUCAAUGGCUUCCACUGUUUGUACUCUGCUUCUCUUCUUCUUCAGCUGCUUUGUAUGCUUGUACAUUUCGCCAUUUGUAGCAGCAGUUAACAAUGUGACAUAUGAUAGUCGGUCACUCAUCAUCAAUGGCGAAAGAAAGCUUCUUAUCUCAGCUGCCAUCCACUACCCUCGUAGUGUUCCUGCUAUGUGGCCCGGAUUGGUAAAAACGGCAAAAGAAGGAGGUGUAGAUGUGAUUGAGACCUAUGUAUUCUGGAACGGUCAUGAACCAUCGCCAGGCAAUUACUAUUUUGGUGGAAGGUAUGAUUUGCCCAAAUUUGUGAAGAUAGUUCAGGAAGCUGGUAUGCUUCUGAUUCUCCGAAUUGGGCCGUUUGUUGCUGCAGAAUGGAACUUUGGCGGUAUACCUGUUUGGUUGCAUUAUGUGCCGGGGACUGUCUUCAGAACCGACAAUGAACCUUUCAAGCAUUACAUGCAGAACUUCACAACUCUUAUUGUGAAUAUGAUGAAGAAAGAGAAGUUUUUCGCAUCACAAGGAGGUCCGAUCAUCUUAUCUCAGGUGGAAAACGAGUAUGGAUACUAUGAAGCUGCAUAUGGCGAGGGUGGGAAAGCGUAUACCCAAUGGGCAGCUAAAAUGGCUCUUUCUCAAAAUACAGGUGUACCGUGGAUAAUGUGUCAGCAAUGGGAUGCUCCAGAUCCAGUGAUUAAUACAUGCAAUUCGUUUUACUGUGAUGAUUUCAAGCCAAGCUUCGCAACGAUGCCCAAAAUCUGGACUGAAAAUUGGCCCGGAUGGUUCAAGACAUUUGGAGGUAGGGAUCCCCACCGCCCCGCGGAAGAUGUUGCUUAUUCUGUUGCUCGUUUUUUCCAAAAAGGAGGAAGUGCUCAUAAUUAUUAUAUGUAUCAUGGUGGGACAAAUUUCGGACGCACUUCUGGUGGGCCGUUUAUAACCACGAGCUAUGAUUAUGAUGCACCAAUUGACGAAUAUGGGUUACCAAGGUUUCCGAAAUGGGGGCACCUUAAGGAGCUUCAUCGAGCUAUAAAGUUGUGUGAACAUGCAUUGUUGAACAACAAACCCACCUUGGUCCAUCUUGGGCCUCUACAAGAGGCUGAUGUCUAUGAAGAUCAAUCGGGAAGCUGUGCUGCCUUCAUUGCCAACUUAGAUGACAAAAGCGAAAAGACGGUACAUUUUCGGAAUGUUUCAUAUACGCUACCAGCAUGGUCGGUGAGCAUUCUUCCAGACUGCAAAAAUGUAGUCUUCAACACUGCCAAGGUCGGAUCUCAAACUUCUACCAUUGAAAUGGAACCGGAGCAGUUGAAACCUUCAAUUGCUUCACCGGAUAAAGACUUGAAACCACUUAGUUGGGAAAUAUUUGUUGAAAAAGCCGGGAUAUGGGGAGAAGCUGAUUUUACUCGUAACGGCUUCGUGGAUCACAUCAAUACCACAAAAGAUACCACCGACUACCUUUGGCAUACAACGAGAUUAUUUGUUGACGAGAAUGGAGAAUUUUUAACGAACGGAAACCAACCAACGCUCCUCAUCGAAUCAAAGGGUCAUGCCCUUCAUGCCUUUGUGAAUGGCAUACUUCAAGGUUUUGCAGCUGGAAACGGUACAGUAUCACCGUUCAAGUUUAAGAGCCCGGUGUCUUUGAAGGCGGGAAAGAACGAAAUUGCUAUUCUAAGCAUGACCGUGGGACUCCAAAAUGCAGGAUCGUUUUACGAAUGGGUUGGAGCCGGUUUAACGAGUGUGAAACUCAAAGGUUCGAAGAAUGGAACCAUGGACUUAUCUAACAGCACAUGGACCUACAAGAUUGGGUUAGAAGGUGAGCAUCUUGGUCUGUAUGACGCAAAUGGUUUGAAAAAUGUGAACUGGAGAUCGGUCUCGGAGCCACCUAAAAACCAGCCAUUGACAUGGUACAAGGCUGUUGUGGAUGCCCCGCCAGGAGACGAACCCGUUGCACUUGACAUGGUUCACAUGGGAAAGGGAUUGGCGUGGCUGAACGGGGAGCAGAUCGGAAGAUAUUGGCCCCGAAAGGCGCCAAUUGACAAGUGUGUUAAAGCGUGUGACUACAGAGGCAAGUUCAACCCCGAUAAAUGCAAUACAGGAUGUGGAGAACCGACACAAAGAUGGUAUCAUGUUCCAAGGUCUUGGUUCAAGCCGUCGGGCAAUGUUUUGGUGAUGUUUGAGGAGAAAGGCGGAGACCCCACUCAGAUUAGGUUCUCGAGGCGGAAGUUAUCCGGUCUUUGUGCUCACAUAUCCGAAGAUCACCCCUCCUUUGUUACCAAUGAUUUGCACAAAAACAAAGCAGAUUUGGAGCUAAAAUGCCCGAUGAACAUGCACAUUUCCGCUUUCAAGUUUGCCAGCUAUGGAACUCCGACAGGGGCUUGCCAAUCCUACGCCAUUGGAGAUUGCCAUGAUCCCGACUCCACCUCUGUUGUCGAAAAGCUAUGCUUAAACAAGAACGAAUGCAAAGUGGGGUUAACCGAAAAGAAUUUUAGAACGGAAAUUUGCCCCGGUGUGAUGAAGAAACUUGCCGUGGAAGCCAUGUGUAGCUAAUCGUUCCGGUUUGGGUCGAAACGGUUAUUUUUUUGUAGUCCUGCCUACGUGAUUUCAAAAUCUACAAGAAAAAUCUUGGGUUGAUUUGUGUAAUGUUUUUAUUUUUGAGGUCUUGGUUUUAAUUUAUAUAUUUUGUGGGUCCCAAGUGACACCCAUUUACAUGCAUCAUCAAUCUAUCUGAGUAUUUCUAAUAUAUUUUUGAAAAAGUUAAAAUAUUCUUAUUCGAU